CAAACAUUUGAAAUAAUAAUAUUUUUAUAGUAUUUAUUUUUUCCUCCAGUUGAAAAACAGAUUCAAGAAAAGAGAUCAAACUUGUAAUCCUAUUGAAUAUUAAUCAUACUUCAUGUCAAUGACAUGUAAUGUAAUGUCUGUAUCGAUGCAGUGUCACACUCCGUCCAGCUGCGGCGCUGUGAGACCGCGCUGUGUUGGCCAGCUCCAGAUUAGACAUCGCAGAAGAAGAAGAAGAAGAAGAAGAAAACGAAGAAGAACACGAAGAAGAAAAAGCUAAUCGUUGUUGUUAGCAAGUCGACAGUAAAUAAAAAGAAACCCCGACACGGCACCGUCAUGUCGGCCGACACCAAGAUCGCCGAGCUGCUCACGGAGCUCCACCAGCUCAUCAAGCAGACCCAGGAGGAGAGGUCACGCAGCGAACACAACCUGCUCAACAUCCAGAAGACACACGAGAGGAUGCAGACGGAGAACAAGACGUCUCCGUACUACCGGACCAAACUCAGAGGACUCUACACCACGGCCAAGGCCGACGCCGAGGCCGAGUGCAGCAUUCUGCGUCACGCGUUGGACAAAAUAGCAGAAAUCAAGUCUCUGUUGGAGGAGAGGAGGAUAGCUGCUAAGAUGGCGGGUGUGUACAGUGACAGCGACCCCCCCAGGAAGACCAUGCGGCGCGGCGUCCUGAUGACGCUGCUCCAGCAGUCGGCCAUGACACUUCCUCUGUGGAUCGGCAAGCCGGGGGAGAGCCCCCCCCCCCUGUGCGGGGCCACCCCGGCCAGCAGCGACUACGUUGCUAAACAAGGAGACAAGGUGGCGGCCAGAGUGAAGGCCGUGGACGGAGACGAGCAAUGGAUCCUAGCGGAGGUGGUGAGCUACAACCACGCCACCAACAAGUAUGAAGUGGACGACAUCGACGAAGAGGGCAAAGAGAGACACACUCUGAGCCGCAGGAGGAUCAUCCCUCUCCCCCAGUGGAAGGCGAACCCCGAGACGGACCCGGAGGCUCUGUUCAGUAAGGACCAGCUGGUUCUGGCCCUGUACCCCCAGACCACCUGCUUCUACCGGGCGCUGAUCCACACGCCGCCCCACCGGCCUCAGGACGACUACUCGGUGCUGUUCGAGGACACCUCCUACGCCGACGGCUACUCUCCUCCCCUCAACGUGGCUCAGCGCUACGUCGUCGCCUGCAAAGAGAACAAGAAGAAGUGACCUCCUCCAGAGCUCCGCUUUCCUGUUUUUAUCUGUGUGCAUGAACUGCACGCCGCCAUGUUGAUGGAGCAGCUACGCCGUUAGCUUAGCGUAGCAGCAUCCGGGCGCGUGGUGGAUGAAGCUCAGAGGGUUGGAGCGCACCCCGACUCUCAGGAGGAGCGCUUGAUUCGCACACCAGCAGCUGCCUCCAUGUUUGUGGGCGGAGCCAAUAGGAUGUUUCUGUUUUUUAUUAUUAUUAUUAUUAUGAUGACGUGUUGAUGAUCCUGUGAAACAACUUUAAAAAGAACUGUGACGAAA